AAUGAGACCUUGCAUUUUUGUCAAACAUAUAAAAUAGUCCUGGUGUUUGCGCUCUGAAAUAAACAUUUUUUCAUUCACACGCGUGUAUUGCAUGUUUUAAAGCAAAUGCAUUGGAUAGGAUGUUAAGUACUUUGGUGCUUCAAUGUUGUGUUUAUUUAUUUUUACAUUUUUACAGACCACACAAGAUAAUUCUUUUAAUUUAAAUCUCAGUAGAUACUUUGCGUGAAGAGGGCAUCGCUGUAGAUAUGAAGCUUUUCAGAAAAGCUACGAAUUUAAUAUCGAAAGCUUAUAAACGAUAUUCGUACAAUGAUGUUUUGGUCGUUUGUCAAACUCAUCUGUGUACAUUCAAAUCACCAUUCAACAUCAUACAAUGUUUUGUUAGGCCCGAUGGUUUUUUAGAUCCAUCAACGUACUUAGUUUCAGCUAGAAAGCCAAUGUACAAGGCAGUUAUUUUUGAUAAAGAUGGAACUAUUAUUUGCUUUAACUCAAUGUGGAUGCCUUGGGCACGGACUAUUGCAAAAAAGUACUGUCACUAUAUAAAUACCUAUUUAUCUGCCACAAUGAUAAAGCAUUUCUAGUGACAUUGCUCGAGAUAUAGGUUUCGAGAUAUUGACUACUCUUGGGUGCUGCCCAAAAACGCACAUUAUCAAUCCAGGUUUUAAUUUUUUUCAUUUUAAUUCUGACCUUUUUAAAGGUGUUUUAGCUGAAGGUACUGAAGAACAAAUAAUAAUCGCUCUGACAAACUUGUUAGUUUCUCACGACAUUACAAAAAGAAUGGCUCAGUCCAUUGUGUCUAGGCAUGUAAAAGCAUUAUCACUUUCACCUGAGCACAUUGUUCAGUUGACUGAUAUGAAAAGCAUGUUAACUACUUUGAGACAGCACUCAAUCAAGACCGCUAUUUGCACUUCCGACAGUCGCAAAGGGACAGUACAAGCUCUGGCAGUUUUAGAUAUUUUACAUCUAUUAGAUGUUAUUGUGUGCGGUGAUGACCCUGGUAGACUUCCGAAACCGCAUCCAGAUAACGCGGAAUUCAUAUGUAAGGAACUCCAUGUGUCACCUGAAGAAACAGUUAUGAUAGGAGAUACCUCAACGGACAUUGCUUUUGCAAAAGUGAGCAAGAUGUAUUACUACAGGAUUAAUUAACAUUCAAUAAAAGGUGACAAAGCUCUUAUAAAACCAAGUCCUAAACGUUUGUUAGUUAGCUCCUAGAAGGACAAAAGGUGUCACUAUUACAUUAAACUCACAAACGCUAGUCUUAGAACAACUGUUGUACGAAUUGACCAGGCAGAUAAUAAACCUAUCUGAACUUCUUAGCAUAACUCAUGUACCUUUCACAGUAUAAUACAUCAUUCUUAAUAAAUGCUUCAAAAUAUUUGAGGUAUGAUAAUUCCCUUUUUACAUUUUACUCAAAGAAUGCUAAUCUAGGUUUAUGUAUUGGUGUUCUUAGUGGAAUCGGUCAACAAAAUGGUUUGGAGGAAACCUGGCUUAAGCAUUCUGAAAUUGAGGGUAAAAGUAAUUUAAACGAGGUUAAAUCAUACCAUUCAAAACCUAAGUUACAUAUUGUGCCAUCUGUUGGUCAUAUAUUGCCAAUCGUGUUGCCUGAUCUUAAUCUACCAAUCAAACAAAUUUUGCUCGGUAACAACGUGUUACAUCAAAAGCUGUCAAAUCAAAAGUUUAAACUGGUUAUUAUUGACAAAGAUGGGAGUUUUAUCAAUGUACAUCCCCGUUGGGCUGAAUGGUGUGAGAAAGUCUACAUAAGAUUAUCGGAAAAAACGUCUCCUGAUCUAGCAUGUACAUUUUUGAACAUACUGGGUUACUCUUCUGAGACGCGAAAAAUAUCUAAUGGUAUUUUAGCUGAAGGAUCUACAGUGUUUAUUGAAGAGUGCCUGCGGUAUUUGCUCAUACUAAAAGGUUACGGAGUCAAGGAGUCUGACCAGAUAGUAAACCAGAUAUGGAUCUGUCCAAGCUCUAUACCAGGUAUAACUAUAUCUGAUACAGUUGAAACAGUUAAGAAACUUAGGGAAAUCGGUCUACAAGUAGCUAUAAAUAGUUCAGACAGCCGAAAAGCCUGCGACGAUUUCUUGUUAAACCUAAAAUUGCAUGACUACAUAAAUAUCAUAGUGUCAGCUGAGGAUGCCGGUUGUCACCCAAAACCUUUACCACAUACUGUGCUUCAAAUCAUUGACAAAGUUGGAUGUAAACCUGAAGAAACAGUCAUUGUCGGUGAUACACCUGCAGACUUAAUGUCCGGUCGAUCGGCUAAGGUUGGCCUUACUGUUGGACUGUUAUCUGGAUUUUCAUCGGCAACCGAUCUAAUCUCCUAUUCAGACCUAAUUUUACCAAACUUAUCUCAUCUCCCUAAUAUAUUCAUUGAUUAAAGGUAGUUUGAAGGAAGAAAUAAAACAAUCCAUAAAAGGAUGGUACAAAAUCAACAAAUUCAUUGUGUCAUAUUUUUUUAAGUUAUGAAUACUUCUUAGAAACUUUAUUCAAUUCUGAUUUCAUUUCCUUUGUACUUUAUACCACAAAAGAUGUAAACUUAUUUUAUAAUUCCUUCUUCCGAAAUAUCUUCCUUGAAAAUUUUUUAAUGACAGUAAUAACCAUUUUUCAAUUAUUUCCGAUGACGGUUGUUAUGGAUAAUUUGGAUAUCAAGUUGAUUGAUGCUAAUAAAAGCAUUUUACCUAAAA